GUACUCAAAAUAAUGUUUCUAUAUAUAUUGUCACAAUCAUAUGACACUAGUAUGUACAAAUACAAUUGUAUAUCAUUUUAAUAAAUAGAGCCAUAUAUACUUUUGAUGGAAAGACUUUCUCGAGAGAUAAAUCCUAAUCAAGCCGGAUCACCUAUAUAGCAUGGCGGAGGAAUCGUACGAUAAAGAGUGUGACUACCUCUUCAAGGCGGUUCUGAUAGGAGACUCAGCCGUGGGAAAAUCAAACCUAUUGUCUAGGUUCACGAGAGAUGAGUUCCGGUUAGACUCUAAACCGACGAUCGGAGUAGACUUUGCUUACCGGAAUGUUUGCGUCGGUGGUAAGACCAUCAAAGCUCAGAUAUGGGACACCGCCGGCCAAGAAAGAUUCAGAGCAAUAACGAGUUCGUAUUACCGUGGAGCUUUAGGAGCCUUAUUGAUCUACGACAUCACAAGACGACAAACGUUCCAAAACAUAAAGAAGUGGUUGUCGGAGCUCAGAGGCUUCUCCAGCCGUGAUACCGUCGUUGUUCUUGUCGGUAACAAAUCCGAUCUCGGGCAAUCUAGAGAAGUUGAAGAAGAAGAGGGCAAGAGUUUAGCUGAGCUAGAGGGUCUGUAUUUCCUUGAAACAUCGGCUUUACAGAACCAAAACGUCGAAGAAGCGUUUCUAAGCAUGAUCGAAAGGAUACAUGAGGUUUUGAUCCAGAAGAUCACUUUAGAUAACAAAUCAAACGGUGACGACGGUGAUGGUGCUGUCGCUGUCGUACCCGCUGGUAGAGAGAUAGUAAAUAUUGACGAAGUUACCGCCACUCGACCAGAUCAAGUAACAGUAGUCCGGGAACAAGUUGAGCUUAAAGAGUCUGCUCUUGAAGAAAACUUCAUCUACUCCAAACGACUCUGUUUUACUGCUCAUAGUCAUUUGGCGAUAAGGACGUCUCCAUUAUAGUUUUUCUAAAGAAACAUUUGGGAUGGUUAGUGUUGCAACUAAACGCUAUAUUCGUCUCGGGAACUGUCUUCUGGCGUAGAAACCCGACUGCCAAAAUAUGGGCUAUGGUCUAUCUGGUAUGCCUUCAUCUCUGGGUACUAUACAUCUUACUCUCUCAUUCAAACGCUUCUUCUUCAGGUGAACUCAAAUUAGGUGCAGUGAUUUCCUUAGAGAAUUUUUAGUAAUAUUUCUCUCCAAUAGCUUUUUUCUUUAGCUAAACCCUUUCACAAGACCAACAACACGUUAUAUAUUCGAGAUGAUACUUUUACAUGCAAUAUGCACUUUACAUCUUACGGGUCUGUAGACUGUAGACAAUAAAAGAAAGCUUGCCUAACCUGUGAUUUAGUAUAUAAUAUAAUCAUUUUUUACUCUGGUCAAAAUAUUAUUUUUAUUUUUCGUUCUCUUUCUUUCUUUCAUAUACAUGUUUCUAACGGUAAGUUAGUUAACAAGGAAGCUGAUGCGUUUCUCUUUUGAGUUCGUUUCAAAAGCAACUUUCAGUCAAUGCCCAAGACCGAAGGUAAAAAGGGAAACUAAAAAAAAAGUAAAAUGAAAAAGAAAGAGAUGGAUGGAUGGAUGGACCAAUAGUAAGGAGAGGGUUGUCCUUUUAAGCUCAAACAGCACUUUAACAUUCAUCAGUUUUUCACCUUACAUUGCCACACCUAGAAACUUCAAAACUCUCUCAAAGGCUCAGACCUCAAAGCUUCUUUUAAAUAAUUAAUCAUGAGGUCAAAGAGGUGUCGAGCUCCACAAGAGAAGAUCACUCUCAAGGUCACGAACCUAGAGGACGAAGGGAAAGAUGUGUACGAGAUUGGUGUUCAUGUAAAUCUUGAGAAACUAAUGCUUGAUUACUGCCAAAGGAGGAACUUAGAUUACACCACUCUCAGCUUCAUCUUUAACGGCACUUUCAUCAGGCCAAGCCAGACUCCUGCUCAGCUCAUGAUGGAAAAUGACGACAUCAUCGACACGGUCAUGGAUCAAGACGCCGCUUGAUCUCCUCGGAUCAAGCGUUUCAUAAUUAGAGUAUUUUAAUUUGAAUUUCAUCAUUAGAGUAUUUUAUUUUGUCAUGUUGCAUUUGAUGGUUUGAAUAUGUCCACUUGUUUUAAUCGAUAAAAUUAUUUUA